UUGAUCUAAGGCUUUCUCUUUGGAUGAUACGAGAUGGCAGGGUGUUCUCCAAACCUUAAGGCAAUUUUCAAGUAAGUUUGGAUGAUUUUAUGUUAGUAAUACACUUUAGGAUGGCGGUAAUUUUAUUCAAACGUAAAUCGCAUAUUUGUUUCCUUUUAUACUGAUCGAAUGUUGCUUUAAUUUCUUGCAAAUACCGUAGUUACGUGGACGAGCAUCAGGUAAGUGAUCUCGCUUUUCUUUUAGGUACUUUAAGCCACUCGUUCCAAAAAACUUGCCUUUAUGACAGCGCCAGUUGUCUAAAAUUAUAAGAAAGGAGGUUACUGGUAAUCAGGUCUCUUAAAUCAUCAAUGGUUUUUUGAUAUUUUAACAUGUAUCACAGUAACUCUAACUGAUGGAAGGUCACUGAUUAUUUGUGAGGGCGGAAGCGAGAAAAUAUAAGUUCUGCAACGGGCUGGAAUAAAGACCCUAUGUCCUGUGUCAGGGUUCUUUUACCCUUAAGCAAUCAUACUCUAAGCUACUAUACAUUUUUUAAUCGAUUUUUAAGGAGAACUUGGUGUGACAUCAAAAUAUUUCAACACUCUGUUUUUUUUUUUCUUUUUUAUUGCCUGCUGUUUUUUUAAAUAAGAGGAAGAUAUUGCGUAGAGAAGUUGCAUGACAAUCAAUAUUGGGCACUUUUCUGUGAGUUUGCAAACGUUUGGGAGCACUGCACAGAUGAGGGGCUUGGAAACUUGAACAUGUCAACUUCACAAGUUAUUUUAGUUAUUGUGAAUUGAUUGACUGCUCUCAACUUAUCAGACUUCUCCUCGUAAGUCUAAUGUAUAAUAACUUGAUCUAUAGGAUCUUUAUGUGCAAAGGCUCAGUGAUGCUGUUGCAAUUCAAAGCGUCUCAGGAUGGACAUAUCCUCCAUACAGAGAUAAUAUUGUCAGGAUGAUCAACCAAGUGAAAGACGUAUGUGCAAAGCAUAGAUUCCUGUUAUAUCAAGUGACCAGCCCUAUACAGGCCUUUGUUUAAAAACAUGUUGGGGCAUGUCAAUUGUGCUGGGCUGAAAAAACAAAAAAGCCGUCUGACCCUGUAAGGUCUAAGUUGAACAAAAUAAGCAAGAUAGAGAAAGUAUAGAGGUCAUAUGAUAAAAUCAUGUGAUAAAAUGUUUAUUGACUGAGCUAGAUUGGUCAGGAUGGGAAGAUACAUAUUGUUCUAGGUCCUUUGAGAAGUAAAGACAUAUACUGAUUAGGAAAAAGUCUAAGAAUAAUUUCAUGCCAGUUUUCAGGGUGUUAGGAAUCUUUGGAUCACAACUAACAUGAGUGAUUUUUGCUUCUUUCUGUUAAAAUCAACCGCACAAAAACUCAAAUCAUUCUAUACUUUCAAUUGAUAAUCACUUAGAUCUCUUCUGAUCAACUGGCACAUUUUGCAAUUCACUUGAUUACACCUUAUCACUUACAUCACUUAGUGUCAUAAGUCAAAGUUCACUUUUCAGCAUGACAGUUACACAAUUUUUUUUUCCAACAACAGUAAUGCUGCACAAUUUCUUCAACAGGAACUGAUAAGUCUUGGAGGCGAGGUUGAGUUAGCCGACCUCGGCAUGCAGCACGGUGCCAACAUUCCACUGCCACCAGUACUAUUGGGAAUACUUGGAAAGGAUCCUGCCAAGAAAACAGUGAGUCACGAUCUCAUUAGUCUUCAUUGUUGAACUGUCAAUUUAAACUUGGAAGUUUAGGUUUGGUAUAUUCUAUCAGAGAGUUUUACCUGGAUAAAGAUUUAAGACUGCUCCUGUAGUUUUUUACCUCUAGUCUUAAUUUUAAUUCAGUUCAAUUAUCCAUGAUAGACUGCACUCUGUAUAUUGCUUCAUUGACUUUUAACCCAUGUAGGAUUUUUAAAAUUAAAAGAAAGUGUAGUCAAUUGUUUCUGUUAAACUAAGCACUAUUAUUAUAAGUAAACCAAUUAAAAAAUAUAUGGGUUUUAAACCACUCAGUGCAUGCUUUGUAUCUCUGUUUUAUAAAGGUUUCCAUUUUACAGUGAAGCACUUAAAGGGAUGAAAUAGUGGUACAUAUUUUUUUUAUCAAUUAUUUUAGUGGCAUUUGCCUCUUGCAGCUCUGUGUUUAUGGACAUCUUGAUGUUCAACCAGCAAAAUUGGUAAGUACUAUGUAACAUCAGAAAUUUUUGGGUUGGUGGAUUUGAGUAAAUUGAAUUUUAUACUAAGUCAGUGACCUGACAUGAGCACAAGAUGGAGUGGCCUUAUUGAAUUGAAUUCUGAAAAAAGAAGACUGGUCAGACCUGUCUGGGGUAAUUUUGUUGUGUUCUUGGCCAUUUUUUCUGGCUUGUGCAUUUUUAAACGUGUCCACUGAUAUCUAGUUUAUGAUGGUUGCACUUUAAAAAGCAUGGUAACAAUUUUUUGUGCAAAGAACACCAUAAUGGUAUACUAAGUCCUUAAGGUAAGAUUGAUGGGGUCUGUGUUUUUUUUUCGGCUGUUGGCCUUAGUGGAGCUCACAAAAAGGAGAAAAGUGAUUAUGGUACUGAACUGUAACCUCUGAAAGUUUCCUUAGCCAGUUGGUGAAGGGGGAGGAGGGGGGGGGGGGGGGGGGGGCAGAGACAGGGGGCUCACAGCCUUGUACUUCCCAUACUAUGUUCUCCCACCUCCCGUACUUUUGCAACCCUUUGCCUCCCAACUCCUACCCUUCACUGUAUUACUCCUGCCUUCUUGAACUUUCUCUGGCCUUGCAAAUCUUUUGGUGGGUAGGGUAGGUACACCCUGUUAUUUUCUCAAGAUGAACAUUAUUACAGGCCACUAAACACCAAGUUUUCAUUAACCUGGUUAUUGCAAUUUGACUGUUACUUCUAACAUCUCACUAUGGUGACUGAGAUGUCUCAUUUCAUUGUGCAAUGAUAGCUAUUGCAGUUUCAAAUAUGUAUUCACUUACAUUUAGGAGUCCAGAAAUUACCAGGAUCAUACUAUUAAGAAAUGAAAUUUAAGAGCCAAUUGUACCAUUUACAGUUCAGCACUCCUGUCUAAUUUGGUUUUGCUUCUACUUAUUUAAUUAAUUGCAUAUCCAUUGUGUUUGAUUUUUAGUUUUUGUCGGAUGUAGCUAUAGUGGUGAACUAUAUAAAAGCUGGCUUCAAGGAAUGAUUCAUAUCACUACCUAUGAACUAUCCAUUUGCAUUUUUGAGCAUUCAGGUUAAGCACUAGCAGAACAAUACGGUGCAUGAUUGUUUGGCUGGUUAUCAUAUUUUAAAUUUUCUUUGUCCAAUGCUUGUGACAAGACAGAAAAUGUCUUUCUUUAUUUCUUUACCAAGCUCAAAACUUAUCAUCUGCCUUAUUUCUAUUCAGAUUUCUUUGAGAAGUUGAAAUCUUCUCUAAACCUCUGCAAAAGGUUUUAAAAGUUGUACAUAUGCUAUCUGAUUUAUUAAUAUACACCAGCAGUAUAAUUCAGUGACAUGUGUGUGAUUGUCUAAUUUAAAGGCAUUUGCAGAAACAAGGUCUUCUAUGGACUGAUUUUUUUGUUGCCAUACUGAAUAAUAUUGAGGCUGAUCUGUGUAGUCUUAUGACAUUCGACCUAACUCAUUUUGUUUCCUGGGGAAUUUCGACUCCUACAACUGCUGACACUGUGUGCAUAUUUCAUGUUAUCUUAUUCAUGACCUAUAAUGCAACUGACUUUGUGAGGUAUCAUAUUACACUGGCUGAGUAUAAAUUUAUGUUUUCUCGCAUAUAAAAUUUUCUUUUAGCCUCAGUGGAUGUUAAAUGAAAGUAAUAAAACUCUGCUGGGUACAGGUUUUUGGCUGAAUGAUAAGCAGUAAAUAUACAACAAAUGAUUGCCUUAAAGUUUUUAAUUUCUGCCUUGGCUUUCCUGUUGUAGAUCCUGCUUCCCACCCUUUCCUGGCCUCUCCUGACCCACCCUCCUUCCCCCCCCCCUCCCCCCCCCCCCACUUUUGCAUAUGUUGACAUGCAAAACAGCUUAUUAAGUGCUGAAGGAAAAUGACAACUGCUGGAUAUCUUGAAGGGUACUUAGGCUUUUGAUCUGCACAGCCUUUGACCCCUGACAGUUAUAAGUAUCUAAUUUCUGCUUACAAUAUCACCCUCAAUGAAACAUCAAUGUCAGAGAAAUUAUCACCUUCUAAAGGAGCUCUUGCUCGAUGAAAAAAUUCUCUAUGUCAGCACUUAAGGAAAUGUAUAAAGAACAGUAAGGAGAAUAUGCAUACUGAUGUCAGGGUCAAGGGCAAUAAGCGUUUAUGGAGGAAAUUUACUUGAGAAGAUGUACAAGAAGCCAUGUAGAACUGGCAGCCAACAACUAACCAGUGAUAUCUCCACAUUACUUAAAUCUGUUAAAAAAUAAAUAGUAUCCAUUAUGAAUUACAUUUUUCUAGGAAGAUGGAUGGGACACAGAUCCUUUUACCCUGACAGAAAUUGAUGGGAAGCUUUAUGGUCGUGGAUCCACUGAUGAUAAGGUAGAAGAAGGAGAAAGAUACAGAUACGAGGGCAGAUACAGGGGCAGAUACAGGAAUCAAUAAGGGAGGGGGCAUGGAAGGAGGGCAGAGGGGGGGGCUGAAGGGGGGUUUGAAAGAUUCAGAAAACAUAAAACAUAAUUUUUUAUUAAAAAUAGUCUAAAAAGGCUAAGAAAUUUUUGUAAGACAAGGAAACCUUGAAUACUUUUCAUGGAAUGGUAACAUGUGAUCAUGUGGAAGAAAGUAAUAUAAGCCAGCCUGCUGAUGGUAAAUACUAAUUAAGGCAGGUCUGCUAGAAAUCAUCCAGCCAUUCACAUUUCUUUUUUACCACUUAUUUAGGGGCCAGUGCUUGCAUGGCUGAAUGCUAUUGAAGCAUACCAGAAGACUGGUAAUGAGUUGCCAAUCAAUUUAAGGGUAAGCCUCAUUUUUUGGAAAGACUGUUCAAAGAGUAACUUGAAAGUCAACAUCUUGUUCGCUUAGAAGUAAUGUGAGUAAUAACAGUGACUGAGUAUACAAAGUAUACAAAGGUUUAAAAAGAGCUGGAGACCAACAAAAUUUCACAUUUAUGAGAAGCAAAAUUGUUGCCUAUUUUCUCAGAAAUGAAGACAAUCAGUUAUUACCGGUAUGAUAAUUGAUAAUUAAUUAUGAUUAUGAUAGCCCUGCAAAUUGUUCAACAGAAACAUGUUAACUGCCUAUAUUUUAUUUUUUCUACUAGUUUGUGUUUGAAGGAAUGGAAGAAUCAGGCAGUGAGGGUCUGGAUAAGCUGAUCCACAGCAAGAAGGACACCUUCUUCAAGGUUUGAUUAACAUGAUCGUUAUACUGCACAUUUAGGAAAUGCAGCUACUGAAAGGUUUGGGCCAACAAAAGCCUCGAUAAGAAUUUUUGAACCCAUGGGAUAUUUUAAAUUGCAAGUCGUAAAAGGUUACUGUGAUACCAUUUCAGAUGUGUUCAGAACUUUUUUCUUAGUAGACACUGAAUGUUAGUGUUUUAUGUACGUUCUGAGUUUCCCCAAUACCUUUCUCCUUUGAAAGACCAGAAAAAAAUUGAGCCAGAGUCUUUACAAUAUACUCAGUUCUUACAUGGAAGCUGUUGUUUAAAUUUCAACCUAAGUGGAUGUAGUUUUUGUUCAGUAUGUUAUUGAUACCAUUAGCUGAUUUUUCACCUGUAGAUAUAGUUGAAUACUUUGUGGAUGGUAUACUUAGGCUCUAGUGGCUGUCCAUGAAUUAGUCAUUGUUUCUGACAUUAGACCUUGCAGAACUACCCAAACCCAGACAACCAUCUGAAAUGAUCAACAGUUUUACACAAGUUAUUGAUUUGGGAUUAAUUAGUAAUUUAUAGGAAGUUAAAGAAACAAUGAAGGCAAUGCCGUGGACAACAUCGGUUAAAAAAUGAACUCAUGUUUUACCUAUGAAUCUCGAGAUUCUUGUAAAUCAUUUAGUUUGUUUCUUAUCAUCAAACUAUCUCAAAACUGAAAAUGAAAUACUGCAUUAAAUUGGAAAUAGAAAUUUAAAAAAUAAGCUGUUGUCAUUCAUGUUCUCCAGACAACACAAAGUUCGGUCAUUUCAUGUCGUUGUUUUGCAGAGGACACAAAGAAAUUUACAAAGAUUUAUAAUGCGCAUGCACAGCCAUUGUUCUGCUCAUUUGACCUUUUGUUCAGUGGUGUUCCCAUUGCUACUGCCGUCAUGUUUUUUUUAAACUCCCUAAUAAGAUGUUAACAUACAUUUGCAGCCUGUUGAUUAUGUUUGUAUCUCUGACAACUACUGGUUGGGAAAAAGGAAGCCAUGUAUCACUUAUGGAUUGAGGUAAAGUGAAAUAUAUGAUUUAACACUUGGCUCAUCUUUUACUCAUUGAGAAAUGGACCAUGCAGUAAGUUCAGAGAGCAUGAAAGAUGCAUAAGAGUUUCUUGCACAACUUAAACUUCUUUAGCGCUCUCCAAACUUCCCAUGUGCUCAGUGUUUUGCUGAAUGCACCUUUGAUGCAUGAUCAAUUGUUAAAUGAAAUUUUUAAAACAGUUUUGUUGAUGUUGGAUAAAGAAAAGUUCACUCUUCUAUGCUGCAAUUCAUAAACCCUGGUCAAUAGUGUGUGCAAUGGGAAUACGAGGAACAUUUGUUCAGCUGAAUUUGAUUGAACAAUUUACCAGCCAUGUAACAUGCAUUUAAUUUGCAUUAUCCAUUCAUUGGUGUUAAGGAUAUCGAACAAAAGAACAGCCUUUUUUUUAUUAGAUCAAUUGUCAAUUACUUUAAUUUGUGUGCCUAGUUACGAUCGUAGUUACAAUGUUUAUCUUUUCCCUAUUGGUUUGUAAUCGGAUCUUUUAGCGUCACCACGCGCAUAUAAAAGCUAAGAUAGCGUUCCUAUAAGCCAGAGUUUCGCAAGAUUUCGCCUUGAACAGCAGUAACUUCGUUCUUUCGUUCCAAACCUUUGGCACAAGCGGGACCGAUAUUUUACGAUCGUGAUCGUGACCGUGAUCUAAAUAAACACCGUUGAUAGUCAUCUUGGUUUUCGUGGUUUCAUUACGACCGGUAAAAUAGUCCCCACAUCAGCGACACUUAGAAAACACGUCGCAAGCGUCACAAUUGGGCCAUAAAGAUUUGAACCUGGGGGUAACAUGUGAUAGUGUAGUUUGAUUGUCUGGGUGAGUGUAGCCCUGAGAAUGACUGUUGUCAGUAGUGGUGACUGAGAUUUUGACAACCUGAGCAGAAGUCGUCAUCAGAGUCAAGUGAAUAGUUAAUGAAUGAAGUAAACAGUUGCACAACAACUGUUCACUUGACUCUGAUGAUGACUUCCAUUCAGGUUGUUGAAAUGUCAGUCACCACCACCCACAACAGUCCUUCUCAGGACUUCACUCGCCUGUAAAAUUAGAGUACACUAUCAAAUGAUCAGACUGUAUUUCAGUUGAGGAUCAUAAGACUAAAAAAAGAUGUUGUCACGAUAGCUUAACAAAAAAUGAUGCAGUUAGGUAUUAACAUUCUCACGUUGAGAAAAUGCAAGUGACCAAGUUGCAAUUUGUUUUAUUGUUGUAUCUGAUUGGCUAGGUGUGCAAUGGAAGUGCGGCAAAAAAACCUUUGUUAUGUUUUAGCAAUUCUGGAUUGCUUUUAAAGCUCAAUUGCUAAUUGCAUUUUCCAUUCCACUGGUACAUUUUGGAUGUCCAUAGGUAUAUACUUUUUUUACCACAGUAAGUACACAAAUUCAUGCAAAAUGGUCAUCAAAGAAUAAAACCACCCUGAGGAAGCCCCAGGACAGACAAUGAAACAGUUAAAUCCAAGUUUUAAGCGUACUUUUUUUCUCACAGUUUUGCUUUCCUUUUUUUUCUUUCACAGGGGCAUCUGUUACUUUUUUGUGGAGGUCAGCUGUGCAUCAAAAGAUCUGCAUUCUGGAGUCUUUGGUGGAACAGUGUGAGUAGAAGACCUUCUUAUUUUCAGUAGCUUGCUUCCAAACUGUUUUCUUUUGAAUGCUUGUAAUCUUAUUUUGAGAGUUCCCUAAGGGUAUGAAAAAAAAAAAAACAUCAGAAUAUCUCAUUUCCAAUAUAAUUUAGGAAUUGACUGAUCUAGUUAGAUGGUUUUUCAUUAAUUGAUAGUCUAGUCUGGCUUGUCCGUUCACUCGUAAAUGAUCUUUAAACGUAAGGACCUCUGACAAGUAGGACAGUGAAUGACUCCUGGCCAAUGGAAAUCACUGUAAACUGCCAACAAGUGUCCUACCUGCAAAUUUCUGCGGCUAAUUUGACCCCAGCUAAUUAAAAGUAUUAGAAAUAAACCCCGAAAGGAGUAGAAUGUUUAGUCGUGUUUAAUCCACUUUUACUGUCACCAAAUUCCAACUCUUACGCCAACCCAAUAGAGAGCGUUCCGAGUGAGCGCUAUCAAACCAAAACUAAAGCAAUGACAUCAUCCAAUCAGAAUACAGGAAAGUACCUCAAGGAGCCAAUAAGAACACAGAGUAAAAACAAUUUACUCGCUGAAGCGCGAGAAAAAGCGAGUGAUCAAGUCGUAAUUGAUUUUAGUUUUGAAUGGAAUCGUUUGAGAGGAUGGCGCAAGUUUUUUGGACCAAUCAUAGACUCAAAAAACGCAAAACCAAAGCAGUAUUAGGGCGUAAGUUUCUAAAGAAACUGUGGUACUGUGUCGUUGGGGGAGUGUUAGAAGAUAAUUUUUUUUCCUAUCAAAUGGGUUGAUUAUGUAAAAUUAGCCGCAGUAAAGAGUUUCUUAGCUGACGUUUCGAGCGUUAGCCCUUCGUGAGGGCGAAUGACGAAGGGCCAACGCUCAAGACGUCAGCUUAGAAACUCUUUACGGUGACCAAUUGACAUUAUCAACUCUGUUGAUAACACCAAAUUAUCCUGUCAAAGCAAUAUCCUUUUGGCACUCAUUUGGAAAUUGCCCCAUGAACACCAUUCUCUCUAACACAGACACGAGGCAAUGACGGAUCUGAUUUAUCUCCUGAACAACUUGGUGGACCUUAAGGGGAACAUCUUGAUUCCUGGGAUCAACGACAAAGUCUUGCCCUUAACUGACGAUGAAAGAGCAACUUAUACAGAUAUUGACUUUGACAAGGUCAGUCAACAGCAAAGCUUACGUAUUUUUUUUCUUCUCUAGUCUGCGUGCUGGGUCUAAUUAUUAUUAGCGCAUCAGCGCGAACGUUUCUCCACCCGCGAGAAGUUAUGAUGCACGUUCAUAUACCGCGCAAUCAAUCAGAGAGCGGUAUUUUGUACCACGGGGUACAGAUACACCAAUCAGAAGCCCGUAUUUCCCCAAUGUACCGUAUAAAGCUCUUUGGGGCCUUAUCUUAGCGUAUGAUGUAACUAUCAGACGGAGCCAAUCACAAGUCAAAGCGAAUGAACGUAACUGGUCUAGGCGUGGGAAAGCCGAGUGACCGAUUCGCAGUUAAUUUGGUAUAUGCACGGUUGAGAGAGAGGGGCCAGUUUUGUAAAUCAAUUCUUGUGCUCGGUAGAGCGAAGCAUAGCAUUUCUAGGUUUCUUUUCGCCCAUAGUCUUAUUUUAUGGGUUUUCAAUGACGCUAAAAUUACUUUGCUUCCUGGUCUGUUUUCUUUUCCUUAGGAGGAGUAUCGUCAGGACCUUGGUCAUAAAAAACUUAUUCAUAACUCUAAGGAGGAAGUGUUGAUGCGUCGUUGGCGUUACCCUUCCCUUUCUAUUCACGGUAUUGAUCGAGUUGCUUAUUUUACAUCAACUAGUUGUUUCAGAUAGUAGAAUAUUCAAGAAAAGGGGUAAAAAACUGGCCUCCGUAAAGAGUCUCCAAAGCUGACGAAGGGCUGACGUUCGAAACUUCAGCUUUAGAAACUCUUCACAGUGGCCAAUUUACCGAUUUCAACUCAGUUGAUAAAACAAAAUUAUCCCAAGAGAGAACGUUGACUGGAACCCUGCGCGGCUCGUCAUGACAUCCACUUGCUUCUAGUCGAAGUUAAACCGAUGGGCUAGUUUCUAAUCAAGGAGCCUGUCGCAUAUUAAAAUUGUCUGGUUGAAUUUGUCUAGUAUGGUUCUGAAUGAAACAUACUAAAGGUUCCCAAAUACGUCUAAAUUCAAUCCUGUUCAAUUCUAUUCUGUUAAAAUAUUUGAUCGAGCAUGCCGACAUUCGACCGUAUUCUAAACUAUUCCUAUGCGCUCGCAAAUCUUAAUUUUGGGGGAGGGAGUAUUGCGAGGGUUAUGAAAUACACCAUACGAUCUGCAGUAGAUAAUUGAAUACUUGACAAAUUGACCGAAAUUCCUACUAUAUUCUUAUGAGGAAGUUUUCGUAGACAAGUUGCUAAAAUUUUUCCUUGACACGCUUUGCUAGUGUAAAUGUAUCUUAAUAUUUUUAGCUUGUUUAAAUUGAAUAAGCCUCAAAGUUGAGUUAGUUCGUACCAGCUUCGUAGGAAUGGUUUGAAGUUGCCCUCAACGUAACUUUGCGUUUUCAAACUGUUAUCUCCCUGGAAUUUCAGGCAUCGAAGGAGCCUUUUACGAGCCUGGCUCAAAGACAGUUAUUCCCAGAAAGGUAUGUAAAUUUGAAGCUUUACUUAUCAAAAGAUGAAGAACCACAAUUAUCACUGGGAAAGAACGUCAAUUUAAAUUUGAACUCCUCCCUCCUCCUCUAAUUUUUUGAAGAGGAAAGCCGUAGUACUCGCUGAGGGUGAUGGGAAGACUCAUUACCAUUGCCCUUUGUGCAAUGACUGAUGACAAGUUGGCGAUCCUGACGCUCUUUACCUAUCAUUUGUGAUAUGGCUAAGGUGUCUUUUUGUUUUCGAUGUGAUUGGUUUUGCUUUUCAGGUGAUUGGCAAGUUCUCCAUCCGUUUGGUGCCUGAUAUGACGCCAGAAGAGGUGGACGAGACUGUGUGCAACUACAUCAAGAAACUUCAUGAGCAAAGAGGAAGUCCAAACCCACUGUCGUAAGUUAGCUACACUGUUCAAUUGUCUUAAGGAAAGUUAUAUUUCUCGGAGACUGCACGCUUCAUUUAGGGGACAACCUCGGAAGCAGGGAAAGGGUCCCCAGAGUAGAAGUGUUCCUUGCUUUAAGGUAGUGGGUACAAUGGAAUCUCUAUUUGGAGAACACACUCUGAGCUUUAAGUUGGAGCACUAGUCUUCCACCGCUGUUGCCCGGGUUCGAUUCCCGGACCUGGCGUGACAAUUAGGUUGGGUUUGUUGUUGGCUCUCGUCCUUGCAACACAGGUUUUUUUCUCCGGGUCCUCGGGUUUUUCUUCGGGUCCUCGGGUUUUUCUCCGGGUCCUCGGGUUUUUCUUCGGGUCCUCGGGUUUUUCUUCGGGUCGUCCGGUUUUCCUCCCUCCCCUAAAAACCAACAUUCCCAAUUCCAAUUCGACCUGGAAACAGUGAACGAGAAGAGCCACCUUGUGGAAAGUCCACUCCUAAAUUCCCUUAUUAGUUGUCUCCUCGAUAGACGUUUAUUUUCUAUUAAAAUGUAGCUGAUGUAAAGGUUACAAGAGCAUUAUCUUAGUUGGGACCAAUAUUUGUCCCUUAAUGAAAGAGUCCUAAAGGAGAAAUCCUACUGUAACUUCAGUUUCAGUUUUAGCCCUAUUAUUUUAUCGAACGGAGGAACAUCUUUGAUACGAAAAAGACUCCAAUCUUUACAAGUAUCCCAGCCAGCCUUGCCUUGCACGCUCUCUCAGUACUUCUAGAAGCCAUAUCAUAAAUCACGCGUUUUUCCAAGUGAUAUGUGAGCUUUAUUCGAAAGAAACAAUUCAAAAAUAUGAUAACUUCGUAAGAGGUUUUAAGUAAUAAAUCCGUUGCACUAUGGCUUUCAAAGUCACCUGUUCUGUAAACAUCUCCCCGAAUACUGCAUUUAUACUUCUUCACAGGAUAUCAAAUUGGAUACUCUUAAGCUUUAAUUCGGCGAUUGGAAUAGAGAAAAAGAUCGAAAGUAGAAGGCAACUUUCUUUUCAUUAACUUGCGUCAGCAGUUUAAUUUUUCUGCGCCUGUGAACCGAUAGUUGUUAGAGAAUAAUUGAAAAUUGCUUCGGAGCCCAAACGGACCUUCUGCAGUUUGUCGUUUUAUCGUUGCUCGGGUUGACAGAGUUGUAAAGACGUCCGCGUGACACACUUUCAGGGUCAGCGUUCAUCAUUGUGGUCCACCAUGGGUUAGUGAUAUCAAUCAUGUCAACUAUCAAGCGGCUAGAAGAGCGUUGAAAACUGGUGAGUUACGAUCUGGAUUUUUUCCCAUGUUCUUUAAGUAAAGAAAAAAACACUUUUGCUUUUCUUAUGAGAUUUUCUUAACGUUAAGAGAUUGGGCUCCGCUCUUAAGGACGAAAUCACGUCUCCUGCAUGUUAAGUUUUCAAUUUUUUUUUUUAAAAUCGUCUCUAUCUGAAACCAUUCAUUUUGCUUCUUGGCAUCCUUGCUGCUUGUUUGAGCAGAUUUCUAUGUGCUGUCGAAAGUAAUCUGGGAUUGCUCUCGUUUAGCUUUAUUUCACUCUGUGAUUUUUCCCGAGAAAUCGUGCCACUUCCUCAACCAAUCAAAUGUAAAUUUAAAACCAAUAGCUAUUCGGUUACUGCCUCGUGUUUUUCCGCGCCUAGGGAAGUUUGUUUGUUGUUACUGUGCUCUUCUCCCUCUCAACCUCAUUUCCAGGGUCCUCUCUCUUCCUCCACAGAGAAAGUGCUUUCUCAAGGGAAAAAGAGAGAGGGCCCUGGUUACAAGGUUAUAUUACUACUAUGUGUUUUUACAGUGUGGUUUUGAACGGCGCAUAAAGUAACUAAAAAACGUCACUACUUACCUCUUUCAGAAACGUGAAUUUUAAUUUCUGAGGGCCAGAGAUUGAUCUCUCAUCUUAAGAUCGAAAUUUCUUAAGAAAGGACUCAGUCUUUCUUUGGGUUUUUUUUAAAUAGUUCAUGGUGUUGAUCCGGAUUUGACUCGUGACGGGUGUAGUAUUCCUGUGACCUUGGCUCUACAGGACGCCUUGCAAAAGAACAUCGUACUUCUACCGAUAGGCGCAUGUGAUGAUGGCGCGCACUCCCAGAACGAGAAAAUAAACAUCACCAACUACAUCCAAGGAGUAAGUACCUGCUUUUCCUCCUGAUUUUUUUUAACCUUCUGUUGUUGUUAAAAACAAGACUAUAGGCCAUUUUUUGGUUCUGAAAAGCUUUAACUCUCAAAUUAAGGCUGAGUGGACCAGUGUAAAACGUCGCUCGCGUAUCCACGACUCUGCUCUAAACCUCGAUUGAAAAGAGAGAUUUUAGUCUUCUCGGAAAUGGCGUACAAGGAUGUGUAUAUUUUAAGCCGGGUUAUUAAUCGAUUGUGCGCGACCGUUAAAAUCAAAAGCAAUUAUAUGGUCUUUAUUUUAUGGGUGUUAUGUUAUUUAUACAUACCUUUGGCCUUACCAAGUGACAAGAGAGAGAGUAGGGAUAAAAUUAUUCCCUGUUAUAAAAUAUCGUAAGCGACUGUUGGGAAAGUAUGGGGUGAUUGUGGGCUGGAGCUGAGAGAGAGUUGAUCAUCAGGUUUUGAGAGUGGGUAAGUCUCUAAAGAAACUGUGGUGCUGCGUCGGUGGGAGAGUAUAUCAGUGUAAUUAAGUGUUAUCAACUGAGAUGAUAACGUAAAUUGGCCACCGUAAAGAGUUUUAAGGCUGACGUUCCGAGCGUUAGCCCUUCGUCAGAGCGAUAGUUUUUGAGAAGGUUGGGUCGUUCAAUUUUCAGCGAUCCAUGGGGGUGGGUCAUGUGUUUUUUAUCUACCAGAGUUCCAGUUGCUACGUCUCACCACCCCCCCCCCCAACCCUUUUACACUUUUUUACUCGCCCCUAAUGAAUAUUUUUCUUGAGGAAGUGCGUCAUAGACAAUAACGAGGUUUGAAAUAACCCUAACCUACCAUUAAUUAAAGAGAAGUUUGACAGCUGAUGUCGAGUUCUAAAGUUAUUAACAUUAUUGUUGUUUUACUAUUUUCUUUUGCAGACCAAAGCCCUAGCCGCGUAUUUGGAAGAACUUGGUCAUGUUAAAGAGUGAUAUCAAGGCUUGGCGUGGAGCGCAAGCUAAUUCACCUGUCGAAUACAUGUUGUACAGUGAUUUUUCAACACUUUGAUACUAAAUUACUUUACAGCGAUCUUUGAUACUUUAACAACUCCCGUAAGUGAUCAAGACAGAAUUUUGCUCAGACAAUAUCAACACAACAUUGAGAAGAUAAGUGAUAAGAAUGAAGGAAAAUAUCAAUUAAAGGACUGCUAGUUGAUCAAAUACCAGAUUGUGCGCACUAGCAUCAUCUGAAUGUAAGCGGUAAGGAGAAUUAUUAAUGAGAUCUUGGGAAUGAAAGGGUUGACGGGAUUUUAUCUUGCUUCACGAGCUCAUCACGCAUAACGAAAGUUGAUCACGUAUAACACGCGAUCAUAACUGCGUUUGCGUUUAAUGAGAUCCUCUGACGCUUAUCUCAUUUAAUCACUAAUAUUUCAUCACUCAUUCUGUCUGGUUGGUCUAUUUUUAUGUUCCAUAUUAUUUAGCGUUGACUACAUAUCAUGUUAGCCAUAUAUUACUUUCACAAAUGCUUGUAAUUUUAAAACUUUAUUUUUAUGUAAAUGAAAAGGAAUUGAAAAAUAAAACUGGAUAAUUUGCUUUAGUAAUGCGUUUGUUACUAUUUGAGAUUUAGCUCUUGUUAGGACGAGCGUUGUGUUUUGUUAUGGGCUUCUUCGUCACUUAUUCUUUACCAUUCUUACACGUGCAAUGGCUUAUAUAGUAACAAAAAUAAUCUUGACGAGAAAUCUUUAUCAUGGUAUUGUGUAACUUAAGCAGCAUUGCUCAUACCACCUCACUCCUACCGAGCCUCUCUCCCCGCAAUCGUAUAAAUGGGUGCCAAAGAACUAACAGGGUAACUGAAUGAAUUGGGGAGAAGGGGAGGGAAGGGGGGGGGUUAACUUUUGAUGGCCCAGCGUCCGUCCAAGAGAAGAAGAAAUGCUUUUAGUGGCUUCAUGCUAUAGAAACAGGGAUACACUCCGGCUGUGAGGAGAGUCAGCUCUGUAUGCAGAUUUAUUUCGUCAAGAUCUCACAGAAGCAAUCUAAACUUUUUUUUUUUCUUGUUAUUGCUCUUCCAGUGUGAGCAUGGGACACGGAGGGCGGCCAUGGAUGAGUGACUUCAACCACGGGAACUACCAGGCGGCAAAGAAGGCUCUUAUGACAGGUACACAAUCAACAAUUUUUAGUGUAAGGCAAUGCUGUGUUUUGAUCGCUCUGUCACGUGAUAGAUGCAUGACAGUAAUAACUGGAGUCACGUUUAAACGUGACCAUUGCACGACGGAGAAAACUGCCACGAGUGUUUUGAGCUCGGCGAAGAAAACGGAAGUCACACAAUCAGUCAUCUUGAUUAUAAGUCAGUACCGUGUUUAUUUCUUCUUUAAAGUAUUUGGUUCUGAGCCCGACAUGACCCGUGAAGGUGGAAGCAUCCCGGUGACCCUAACCCUGCAGGAAGCCACUGGAAAGAAUGUGAUGCUGCUGCCACUUGGAGCGUGUGAUGAUGGCGCGCACUCACAGAAUGAAAAGAUGGAUCGAAAGAACUACAUUGAAGGAGUAAGUAUUGUAGCUUUUUCAUUAAAUUUGCCAUUGAAAUGAUAAGAAGAAGUAGGCCCGGAUUCCCACAAUGGACUAGGAGUCCAUCAAAGAUGAGUUGCAAUAAUCCCAGGAGCUUUUCGCCUUACGAAUUGGGUUCAGUUCCGGCAUGUAUGCACGUCAGUUUCACGUGUAUGUUAAGCGUUUUUACGCAGCCAAGAGACGAUGUCAAUCAGCUUUACAGACUGAUUUACCGGAUACAUGCAUUCAUAGCAGACCAUUGGGCCUAUCCCUCGGUGAACGUUAUCAAAUUGUUAAUACUUCUUACCUAGUAUGCUUUUCCUUUAUAUUGAUAAAUUCUGAUAAAGCUUCAAUUCUUAUAACUAAUCUCUGUGGAAAGGUACACUAAUAGCGGAGCUCGUAAUUAUACAAAAUGGUAGUAGUAACCCAUCAAGCCGAAAAAAUUUGGACUUACGACCGUACGACCGUACAAAGUGCUACUUUUAACAUGCGUGGUCAUGCGUGGUACCGCGGGCACGCCAACGCCACGGCUUUGUCCAGUAGUCCAGUGGUCAGUGCACUUGGCUCUGAGUCGGACGACCCGGGUUCUAGUCCUGGCCGGGGCAAGCGUUGUGCCCUUGGGACGUGCGGGGAAAAAAAAACGCGAGCUCCGCUUUUAGGCUUGGCUAAAUCUAUAUAUUAGAGAGGAGAAGUCCUAAUUAUGAUCAUGGGAGUUUAGGGGUAGCAUAACACACCCUCCACCUCCCACUAGAUAUCCUGCUGGAUAUCGCCCACAAUCGCCUUUCAUCAUGUUUUUAACAACUGAUAUCAUUCCCUUUGGCUCGAUUUCUUCCGCUCACUCUGGUCUGGUUUUCCUCUGCGCGAAAGGAAGAUUGGGCUCUGAGAAAUGUAACCGAGCCUAUUUCUAUUUCAAGUUGGUACAGUUUUUUGUGUACAAGAAGUGUUUUUAAUUGGACACCUUUGAAGAAUAUUUGUGAAUUUGAAAAUCUUCGAGGUGAAACUAAGCGAAAGUAACUUAACGUUACCUUCCAUUGUGACAGUAUUAUGGAAUAUUGAAUUCAUCCUCAUUGUGUUUGUCAACAGACCAAGGUUUUGGCCGCCUACAUGGAGGAAGUGGCAAAAAUAGAAUGA